AAGUGUCAAACCACAAGUUUAUUGACAUACAUUUUUAUGGACAAUUUCUGCACGAUAUUGAGCUUUUGAUUACUGAAUAAACAUGUAUGACGAUAAUUCGGACACGUCUGACGUAAAUUCAGACGAUAUAGAUAAAAUACUAGAAAAUAUGGACGAUUUAGAUGACGCCUUACUUCGUGGAACCCUAAAACCUCAAGGCUCCAGAAAAGAACCUAAAACCGUUUCUGAACCGAAGAAAAAAGUUGCAUUUCGCGAUUUGGACGAAGAUGAUCCACUUGCAGAUCUUUUAUCAGAAGACGAUACUUCUAAUGAUCAUGCAAAACCUGUAACAGUUUCCCAAAACAAGAAAAUAGCAGAUCUAUUUGGAAUAAAAUCCGAAGGAUCGCCAGAACCAGUUAAAAAAUUAAAUUCUAUCCCAUUAAACGUUGAAGAAACGAAAUCCAAUAAUUAUCCAGUUGGUUCAAAAUUAGCAAAUACUUCAUCUCUACCAGAAAAAAUAACUUCAAAAAAGGCUCAGACAUCUAAAUCGAUUUUUAAUGACGAUGAUGAAAUUAUUUCAAGUUUGAUUGAUAAACCGAAGCCAGCACUGAGUGGUCAAGCGAAAAAAUCAUCCUUGAUGGAAGAUCUAUUUGGAGGGUUUCCAAGUCGUGCUCCUUCAGCAGAGGCGAAUUCUCGUAAAAGUUCUUUCAAAAUAGGAACAGGGCUGUCAUCGCAUACAGGAAAAAUGGAACCAAACCCGACAAAUUUGAAUUCAAAUUUAAAUACAACCAAUCUGAAUUUAACGAAAUCAACUAAUACGAAUCCAUCAAAAAAUGAAAAUUUAACUCAAUCUGAAUCUGCAACUCGAGUUGGCUAUUCACCUACAACAGUUUCAAUACCGAGAGAAUCCAGAAGAGGAAGAAGACCUUCAGGAAUAACCGAUCCUCUAGGAUUACUUUCGACUUCGCAAAGUGAGCACGUUGAAAAAUCUGAGCAAGCGGAUCAAGAUUCUCUUUUGCUGUUCUCGUCAAACAAAAAGGAGGAAGCUAUCUCAAAAACUGCAAUAAAAGACGAUUUGCCAGAAUGGCUUGGAGGUUCAAAAAUGUCAAAAGAAGUAAAAUCAGAAGAGAUUUCACUGUCACUUAUAAAUCCUCACAUUUCAAAGCAGCCUAAUGAAUCAGUUGCCACAAAUAUAGAAACUGAAAGUGCCGAACGAGCAGUUUUACAUAAAGAAUUUGGGAUUGUUUAUCCUCAAAAUACGUCCAUGUUGUUGGGAACGCAAUUUGAUCAACAAGCAGCUCUUAUGACAAUGCAACAACAAGAACACGUACUUAGAACUGCUGCGACUUUAUCUCAGCAGAAUGAUCAAUUUAGUAGUCUUUUAGAGAACCAGAAAUUCAAACUGAGCGAACAGGAAAAUCAAUUUAAUAUGCUAAUUACGAGACAAAUUGAGAGACAGGCUUUGUUGGAAUCACAAUUGAAAUUACAGCAGGAGCGGAUUAAUGGUUAUUUACAAACUUUGAUGGCACAACCUUCAUCUAUUCCUUCCAUUUUCUCUGGGCCAGAGAAAAUAAACCAAACUUCAAAGGACCACGUGGACAAAGAAACCGAAUCCGAAAGUCUAGUCCAAAAAUUACAGCUUGAAAAAAUGUAUUUAGAAAAUACGAUAGACAGCCUGAAAGAAAAACAUGAAAAAGAAAUGAAGAUUUUCGACGAGUCUUACACGAGACAAGUGAAUAUUUUGGAGGAAACAAUAAGAAGAUUGGAACAAAAAAUGAUAUCUAGUCUGGAGAAUUUAGAAACUGAUUAUGAAGCGAAACUUCAGAAGUUAAAGGGGGAAAUGGCGGAUAUGGAAAGAAGCCAUAAAGAAGAAAAAGAAGAAUUAAAGAAAGGACAUGUCUCUGCAAUUCAUGAAAUUUGCAUUCGACAUUCUCAGAAUAUAAUUUUACUUCAAAACGAACACACCGAAGUGAUACAGAAUAUUUCGAAGGCCAAAUCGUUGGAGCAAGAAGCAGUGAAAACUUUCACUAAACAUAAAGAAAAUAUCGCGGAAAUGCUAACAAAAACUGAUAAUGUCAUUGACAGUCUUCAAGUUCUUCAGAAAAAAAUAGAAGAGAGAAAUGAUACGUUUCAUGAAUCUAGAGAAAUUUAUUUUCAAACACAGGCUGAUCAUUUAAAGAUAAUGAGAGAACAGAUCGAAAAACAAAACGAAACAUCGGAAAAUGAGCGUAAAGAAUUAUUGAUAGCAGCCCAGAAAUUGGAAACGAGUGCUAUUAAAUUAGCAUCUGAUACACAAAAAAGAAAUUUUCAAUAUGACGAAGUGGAAGAGAGGCUCAAAAUAAAAGAACAAGCUUUGACCAGAGAAAGAGAAUUGUUUUUGGAACAAACAAAGUGGGAACGAAAUCAUGUGGAGGCUAUGAAAGAAGUUUGGUCUAAAGAACAAGAAAGCCGUCUUAAACUUCUUGCACAGGAAAGAGAAGUUCUUAUGGUUGAAAGGGGUAAACUGGAAAUUUCAAAUAGACUUAAAUCUGGUACGGAUGAUGUCGCGAAAGCCGAGUUAGAAGCGAUGAUAAAAAGUGCGCAGGAUGCGGCAGCGAGUGCCUUCCAAGAAAGGAGAAAAUGGCAGGAAAGAAUCGACGAAGUCGAAUUGCAGAAAAGUGUUCUUCAAGAAAAGGAAGAUCAACUUGUGGUGAAAGCUAAGCAACUGGAAAAUCUUACUCAAUCGGCCCUAGCAAAAAGGGAAGAAGGAUUAAGAGCCUUGAAAGAAGCUCGUAGAAUAGAAGAUGAAUCUAACGAGAGAAUGAAUCACCUAAAAAUGCAACUUGAAAUUCUCGCUCAAAGGGAAAAUAGAAUCGCAGCAGAAAAACUUUCCUUAGCAAGGGAAAGAUUUUCAUUGAGAAUCGGACAAGUUGAAAAACCCGAGAAAGAUAUAAACGGUAUGGAAACGCAUGAAAAAUUCGUUGAUGAGCCAACUUAUUUGUCUGAUGUUCAUUCUAGUAUGGUCAAAACUCACUUCACGGAUAUUGUCGACCCACAACUGAUUUUACUGAAACUAGACAUUGAUAAUAAAUUGGAUGCGUCCAGUCAAUAUUUUAAUUAUAUACAAGCAGCAAAGCACUGAUUAAAACUACUGUGGAUUAGAAUAAG